ACUUAGACUCUGGUGUCAACGCCAAAGUCUAACUGUGGGUGUGGAUGCCUUGCAUACAUUAAUAAUUUAGUGUGUGUGUGUGUGUGUGUGUGUCGUCAGACCGCAGCCGUUGCACAACAGUCGUCAUACCUGUCCUGUUCUCUGUCCUCACGGCGAUCCACCUGUUCCUCUAACAGCAGGAGAGAUAGUGACACUAUCACCAAACUCUGCUAUCUGAACAGAUUAAUCAGAUGAGAUUCCUUCAGAAGUGUUUUAUCUCUGUUCUUCAGGAUCAGUGUAGGUUCUUCAGCAGGCCCGCUGGAUCAUGGCUGAGAGUCCACAGGAGCACAGCCCAGGGGUGUUGAGUCGUAUCGGGAGCUGGCUGUCAUGGGGUUGGGGCAGAGAUGAUCCCAGCUCCCAAACACAGCAAGAGGAGGACCACAGAGAAACCAGAGCAGACGAGACAGACAGUCCUUCAGGAGGUGAGACCAGCCCAACCCUCGAGCGGAAUGCCAAACAUCUGAGACUCGAACGCAGUCCGUCGCUUGAGAGGAGAAGCCCACCUGAUCUCUUUGACCAAAUGGGACGGAGGAGAUCUGGCAGAAGGAGGCGGAGCUCUCACGGAGAUGGGGGCGGAGUUAAAUCCCCAACCAGUCCCCAACCUGAAAGCCCUGAAGCAACCAGUUUGACGAGCGGCCCGCAGAUGACAUGCGCUGACUCAGCUUUUGAGGAAACGUCAAACAGCCUCCCAGAAGCCUCCGGAGCAGAAGCGACGAACUCAGGUAACCGAGAGGAUGUCUUCCGAGCAGAAUGGGCCCAAGUGCACCUGAGCGAAGACGCAGAUUCAGAUUCGCUGGUCCAAGCGGCGCUGGUUUAUACAGAUAUGGAUGAGGAACGGGUGGUGAGGCUGACGGAGAGCGCCGAAUCCAAGCGCCGGAGCAUCAAAGUGUCUCACAGCGAGGUGGUCUUCGCUAAAAAGGUGGUGGUCCCCUCGGAGGAGCAAAGGGAAAAUCAAAAUGUGGCUUUCAAAGACACCGAACGGCCGAGAUCUGAUGGAAGAGCCAGAUUUCCAGAGGACAGAGUGGAUGGCACCAAUGUGAAGUCCAAGGGCCGAAUCGCAGACAAGAUCAGUCUGUUUGAGAGAGGAGCCACCAAUGCAGUUAGCAGCUCCACAAACCUGCGUCACCUGGAUAUUUCUCCAGCUCGAAAUGUGGCUAGUCGUCUUUUGACAGAACGUGUCGGAGCACGGUCCAGUUCCGCACCCCCAAACCAAACGGUUAAAGAGAGGGCAAUGAAUUUUAAUGCAGGACGGAGGGGAGAAGAGAAGCUGACGUUGCCGUCUGGUCAUACGAUGAACGAAGGACAUUCAAAAACGGCUGAAAUAUCUUGUUCUGCACGUUUUGAAAAAUCUACAGCAAAGACAGAUACUAGCGGAGAGCCAAAGGUUAAAUGCAAACCUCAUUUAAACCUCGAUCAAACAGACUCAAAAUCCCACAAUGCAACACAAAGUACACCUGUAUUGUCAGAAAGCACAAGUGACUCAAACAUUGGGAAUAAAGAGCUGGAUUCUCUGCCAAUGGUUUCAUCACCUACUGAUGAGACACCGCAGGUGAAAUCGCCAAACCGGACUGGCUCGCGAUCUAAAAAGCGUCGAGGCAAAGAUCCACUGAGCCCCACCAAGCCAGAAAUGGUUCAGGGUAAACAGGAGGUCAGGGACAAACCUCUUGUAGACAUUGUAAAGACCACAGAGCAGUAUUCUGAUAAAGAAAGACCCAACUCUGCUUGGGAGGCCGUAAGCAAAACACCUGAAGUCCCUCCAAGGUUGGAGAAAGCAACAGAAAUUAUGCAAAGCACAAAGAAAAAAUCAGACUCUCCACCUGCGGACACAAAAUUUCCUAAAGAAAUGAAAAGCAAAGAUGAGAAGCAGCAUAGCUCAAAUGAAGAGAAGACAGAACAGACAGAGAUGGACUCAAAAACGGAAGAGAAACAGAGAAACAUCAACCAAAAACAGCCUGUUCAUGAGCGCUCAGAAGGAGAGGGGCAGAUGCACAGAGACGUGAUUGUAAACACAUUGUUUGGAGAGUCAGGGAAACCAGAUCCAUCUGUGACAAAAGAAGAGAAACCACCAUCCCCGGAGGACCUGAAGGAGGCCAACUCUAAAGAAUCCUCUGAGCCAGCCAAUAACAGCGCUGCAGCCUCCAGGAAAGAUGCCAUGCGAAACAGAGGGAGUGAGACGGAUAUGCUGGUCUUACCUGAGAAAAAAGCGGAAAACACCACUGAAAGUGACUUAAAAUCAGCACAAAGACCAUCAAAGACAAACCAAAAGAGUCGAGAAAAAGAUCGUUUGGCUGAGAUUAACAAUCAGAAUGAGAAAAACGAGCUUUUUACAGAAACAACUGAGACACACAAACAUAGUACUGAAGUCAGUACAUCAAAGCCAACCGAGCAGAAUGUAGAAGAAGGAAUUACAUCAAAGACGACUAAACAUGGUAAAUCAAAGGACACCUCGGCUGUGAGACAAGACGACACCACUGUUAUGCCAACCAGUGAGGGUAAAGAGACUCAGACUACAGAGAUAAACUCGGAAUUGUCUGAUCAGACUAAAGAAAACGCCACUUCUACAAGUAGGACACCGGCAACACUAAACCCUGCACUGGUCAAAAACCAAAAUGACUAUAUGGAUGCCAUAAUUUCACCUCAAAUUCCACCUACAGAGGGAGGCGGUCCCAAAAGAGACGGGCCACCCCUACAAAACCAAUCAGAGAGUGGAGAAGAACAGAAAACACAGGCAGUGUCUAAUAAAAGGGAUUUACAACAGCCCAGCACUGAUAUUAAAAAGGGAGGCACCAAGGAAACCCAGAGUAAAAUCACCAGCACAGAAAUGACAUCCAUAAUAAAAGGAGAUAUACACUCUGUGCAGGCGGAAGAUCAGGUUUCUGACUCUCUUAAGCAGUCUGGAGAAAAUGCACUUGGCUCUAGCCUUGAAAAUACCUUACCUGAAAUAACAUCCAAUAAUGACAAUCUACCUCUGAGCUCAGCAAAAAAGAAGCCCACUUCCUUGUCAUCCAAAGCCAUUGAAGCAUCCACUGAGAAAUCUGGCCAGGUCACCGCUAAACCAGCCUCAAAAGAUGAUACGGCUUUCAAUGAUAACGAGAACACAACUCUGUCAAACUCAGCUAAUAAAAAAACAAAUAAUGAAAAGACCACUCCUCCACCAGCCUCUACAAAUGUAAUAACAACUUCUGAAAAACCAACAACUAUCGAAAAAAGCACAUCUCCACAAGCCUCAACCAAUGAGAAAACCUCCACUUUGCCUGCCUCAACUAAAGAAAAGACUACAGGUCUAUCAUCAUCAACCACUGAGACAAUAUCUGCUACAUCAGGCUCCAAUGAAGACAAAAACAAACUUCCACCAGCCUCAACUGAUGAGACAAUCUCUGCUUUGCCUGCCUCAACUAGCGAAAAGACCACGCUUCCAAGAACAUCAGACAAUGAAAAGACUACACCUCCAACAGCAUCAGCCAUUGAAAAGACUACACCUCCAACAGCAUCAGCCAUUGAAAAGACUACACCUCCAACAGCAUCAGCCAUUGAAAAGACUACACCUCCAACAGCAUCAGCCAUUGAAAAGACUACACCUCCAACAGCAUCAGCCAUUGAAAAGGCCGCGCCUCCAACAGCAUCAGCCAUUGAAAAGACUACACCUCCAGCAGCACCAGCCAUUGAAAAGACUACACCUCCAACAGCAUCAGCCAUUGAAAAGACUACACCUCCAACAGCAUCAGCCAUUGAAAAGGCCGCGCCUCCAACAGCAUCAGCCAUUGAAAAGGCCGCGCCUCCAACAGCAUCAGCCAUUGAAAAGACCACACCUCCAACAGCAUCAGCCAUUGAAAAGACUACACCUCCAACAGCAUCAGCCAUUGAAAAGACUACACCUCCAACAGCAUCAGCCAUUGAAAAGACUACACCUCCAACAGCAUCAGCCAUUGAAAAGACUACACCUCCAACAGCAUCAGCCAUUGAAAAGGCCGCGCCUCCAACAGCAUCAGCCAUUGAAAAGGCCGCGCCUCCAACAGCAUCAGCCAUUGAAAAGACUACACCUCCAGCAGCACCAGCCAUUGAAAAGAGUACACCUCCAGCAGCAUCAGCCAUUGAAAAGACUACACCUCCAACAGCAUCAGCCAUUGAAAAAGCGGCGCCUCCAACAGCAUCACCCAUUGAAAAGACUUCACCUCCAACAGAAUCAGCCAUUAAAAAGACUACACCUCCAGCAGCAUCAGCCAUUGAAAAGACUACACCUCCAACAGCAUCACCCAUUGAAAAGACUUCACCUCCAACAGAAUCAGCCAUUGAAAAAGCGGCGCCAACCAUUGAGACAACCUACACAUUAUCAGGCUCAGCUAAUGAACAAACCACACCAUCUGCCUCAUUAACCAUUAGGUCUCCCUCCACUUCAUUAGGUAUAGGUGAUGACAAGAACAAACCUUCAUCAACAUCAACCAUUGAAACAAUCUCCACUUUAUUAGCCUCCAGUGAUGAAAAGAACAAACCUCCACCAGCCUCAGCUAAUGAAAAGAACACAACUCCAUCAGAGACAACUAAUGAAAAGACCAUAUCUCCACAAGCCUCAACCAAUUGCACAACCUCCACUUUGCCUGCCUCACCUAAAGAAAAGACUACACCUCCACCAGCAUCAACCACUAAGACACUCUCUACUACAUUAAGCUGCAGUGACGACGAAAACAAACCUCUGCUAACUUCAACUAAUGAGACAGUCUCCGCUAAUAAGACUGCGCCUUCAACAGCCUCAACAAAUGAAGAGAACACAACUACAUCAGAGUCAGCUAAUAAAAGGACAACUAAUGAAGAGACCACAUCUCCACAAGCCUCAACCAAUGAGACAACCUCCAAGAAAAAGACUGCACCCCUACCAGCAUCAACCGCUGAGACAAUCUCUGCUACAUUAGGCUCCAAUGAUGACAAGAACAAACCUCCACCAGCCUCAACUGAUGAUAAAACAACAUCUUCAUUAGACUUAACCAAAGAGAGAACCACACCUCUACCAGUCUCAACUAAUGAGACAAUCUCCACUUUGCCCGGCCUAGCCAAUGAAAAAUCCACGCCUCCCACAGCAUUAGCCAAUAAAAAAGCCAAACCUCUACCAGCACCAACUAUUGAGCCAACCUCCACAUUAUCAGACUCAGGUAAUGAAAAGACCACACUAUCUGCAUCAUCAACCGUUGAGGUUGCCUCCUCUUCAUUAGGCUCAGUUGAUGACAAGGCCACUCCACCAUCAGUCUUAACUAAUGACAAGACCACACCUCCACCAGCCACAACUAAAGAAAAUGCUGCACCUCCACCAGCUUCAACCAAUCCACCAGUCUCCAUUGAUAUCACUACUAAAAAUGAGAGGACCACACCACAACCAGCAUCAUCCUCUUUCCUGCUAACCUCCAUCAAUGGAGAUAAUAUAACUCCACUUCCUUCAUCCAAAGAAAAGACAAUAUCACCACCAGACAAUGACAGUAGGAAGGCCACACCAUCACCAGAAAAGCCCUUGGGUCCUGAAGUCUCAGCAAAAGAGAAUAUCUUCUCCAGUAAAUCUACGACUCCAUCCACAAGAAAAAAGGAGUUCAUCCUCAAACCCUUUCUCCUUCCAGAAAUCCCUGCUGCGCCCGGCAGUUCCUCCCAGAGCAGGGACUCUCCAUCUAGCUGGCUUGAUGUGGAUCACCAACGUCCUAUAAGGAAGAAGCUGUUGAUUCCAGAUCCCAAGCUGAGCUCCUCUUUGAGUGAGACCAACCUCCUGAACACAUCGGGAGAGUUUGACCCAGAUGACUUCAUUGCAAAUGUGAAAAGGCUAGCGAUGCCAUUCAAUCUUCCCCUACGCAAACACAACAAACAUCGCCUGCAAGCACCUCCAUUUGCCAUGCCUGCCAUCAAAGAAGACCACUUUGAGAAACCCUUUGAUCCGGAGGAGUUCCAGCAUGGCUUGAGGCGAAGGAGGGAAUUCAUUUUGGAUCUGCCUCCCAGUUCAAAAUCAAAAGUCACAGAAGUCAAGGAGGCAGAGAUCAAACCUAAGCGAGAGAGCAUCCUCACAAGGUCCCUGAUCUUCCAGAGAGCAAGGAAGGAGCCUGAAAAGGAAGAGGAAGCAAUAGAGGAGGGAUCAGAUGAGAAUAAAACAGAACCACAGAAGGCAAAGUCUCGUUUGGAGAGGUGCUCUAUUGUCAGCCUUCUACGCAGCCCCAGCAAAGGAAGACGAAUGGAGUUUUUAAGCCCCACUGAGAGUCCUUCAGGUGGGCUGUUAUCACCCAGCGAUGGUUCUGGGUCUACGGCACCUCCACAAUCACAACUAGCCCCAACUAUAGAACCACCCAAAUUGGUCCCAGUAGAGGAAACCCUAGCUAAGAAUAACAGCCGCGAUACACCGUCUGGUUCUCAGGUUAUUCAAAAACCUAGCUUGGACAUUGGGCCUGCCAUGACACCUGACCUCAAAACUACUUCAAGAGACCCCACAGUCUCUCUUUUGACAGACUCUAAUGCUUCUUUUCCUCUAGUGGUAGCCAAACUAGUUCCCAGGUUGUACCCAAACCUACGAAAGAUGAUGGACCUACCCUGGCACGACUUGAAAGCAACUUCAGCAGACCCUUCAGUCACCAUGUUUACAGACACUAAUGCUCCUACUCCUCCCAGUGGUUCCCAAACCAGUUCCCAGGUUCUAUUGAAACAAACAAAAUAUGAUGGACCUACCCUGACACCUGACUUGAAAGCAACUUCAUUUGACCCUCCAAUCACCAUGUUAACAAACACUAAUGCUCCUCCACCUAGUUGUACCCAGUCUGGUUCCCAGGAUGAUGGACUUGCCAUGACACCUGACCUUAAUGCUUCUACUCCUCCCAAUGGUUCCCAGACUAAUUCCCAGGUUGUACUGAAACCUACUACAGAUGAUGGACCUACACUGGCAACUGACUUGAAAAUAACUUCAUUAGACCCUUCAAUCACCACUAAUGCAUCUCUAACGCCUAGUUAUACCCUGUCUGGUUCCCAGGAUGUUCUAAAACCUAUCAAGGAUGAUGGACCUGCUAUGACACCUGAUCUCAAAACAACUUCAAAAGACCCCACAGUCACUAUGUUUACAGAUACUAAUGCAUCACUGCUUCUCAACACUACCCAGACUGGUUCUGAUGUUGUUCUGCGACCUGAUGGACCGACCCUGAAAACAACUACAGUAGAUGCUCCUCCACCAUGUCCUUCCUUUGAUGACAUCAAGUUGCCUAGUUUCCUGGAGAAAUUUCUUCCAAAGGAACCUGAAAAUGCUCAACCAUCAAAUAAGAUCAACCCACUGAUGGCUAGAGAAAGUGCCUCAAUACCUGGUCUAGUGGAUCUGAAUAAGGCUGUUGACGUAGCUGACAGGAUGAUCCCAGAAGAUACGAUUCUACCUGCACCUGUAGUUCCAGCGGCUCAAAUCCCUCAAGCUAUACCUCAGCGAAAACUUCCAAAUAUUCCAGCUGCUCGCGGAAUCCACCGGCGUCCUGGAAAGAUUGUGAUAUUUGAGCACCAUCAGUUCAGCGGUCAGUCCAUUGAGUUCUACAGGGAUCAACCUGAUACCACACACAUGAAACUGUCCAGUGUCAUAUCUAUUAAAGUGAUCAGAGGAUGCUGGAUAUUAUAUGAGAAACCGGGAUUUGAGGGACGAUGCAUCGCUCUGGAAGAGGAAGGAGUUACCGAACUGCUCAAUCAAUGGACAGAAGAGGGUGAUAAAACAUCUGCCCCUGUGGUCAUUGGCUCAAUUCGACUGGCUGUCAGAGACUACACUCCUCCCCGGAUAGAGCUGUUCACCGAGCCUGCUGGCAGAGGCAGAAGCUCUGAGUAUAUGGAUGACACAGCAGAAGUGGGCAGUUUUAGCCGUCCUCAGAGCACCGGCUCCAUCAAAGUCCACAGUGGUCUGUGGCUGGUUUACAGUGAUCCGGGUUUCCAGGGUCUGCUGGCGGUUCUGCAGGCCGGAGAGUAUCCGUUCCCGGAGGACUGGGGUUUCCCGUUGCCCGUGGUCAGCUCUCUGAGGCCCCUGCGGAUGGGUGCUCUGAAGGUCGAGAAGCCAAACGCGGUCAAGGCCGUGUUGUAUGAGAAGGCCGGUUUGGAGGGCCGAUGCGUGGAGGUUCAGGGAGACGUCUUCUCCUUCACCAGGACAGAAACGGACCCGAGCGACCCGGACAAUCAUGGACUGAACUGUGUGGAAUCACUCAAGAUCCUCGGAGGCCUGUGGGUGGGAUACGAUGGCGAGGGUUUCGAGGGGCAGCAGUUCGUUCUGGAGGAAGGAGAGUAUUUGGACUGGACAGACUGGGGCGGGACGGGGGAAAAACUCCUCUCUCUGCGGCGUGUUUUCACGGAUUUCUCCUCCCCUCAUAUGAAGAUGUUUACUGAGCCGGACUUCUCAGAGCGCGGCGUCAGCAUCGACCUCCUGGAGCCGCUGGAUAACGCCAUGAACACACGCUACGGCCCGCAGACGCGCUCCAUCGAGGUCCUGGCCGGAGUGUGGGUGGUGUUCGAGGGCCCCGGGUUCUCGGGUCAGCAGUAUGUUCUGGAGAAGGGUCUGUACGGAAGCCCGGAGGACUGGGGCUCAUCCCACAGCCGCAUCUGCUCGGCCGUCCCUGUGAUUCUGGAAAAUUCGGAAAACUCCUGCCACUUCCAGAUUGAGCUGUUCUCUGAGUCUGGAUUCGGUGGAACAUCUGUCCUGCUGAAGGACUCGUUACCCACGAUCCCCGGCGGCUUCAGUGUGCGGUCCUGCAGGGUUCAUGCGGGCAGCUGGCAGGUGUUCAGCGGCGAGUGUUUCUCGGAUCAUCAGUGUGUUCUGGAGGAGGGUUUUUAUCCUGAUCUGAGGACGAUGGGUUUCUCUGAGCCGGACGCAUCAGUGCUGUCGCUGCAGCCCACGGGACUCGAGCUCUCGGUGCCGGCGCUGCUCCUGUUUGAGCGCUCUGGACUCAGAGGACGGAGGACGCCACUGAAGACGGCUUCGGUGAAUCUGCAGCUCACACACAGCUGCUCCAGAGUCUCAUCUGUGCUGGUGCUCGGCGGCAUCUGGGUUCUGUACGAGGAUCAUAACUUCAGAGGCUCUCAGCUCCUGCUGAAGCCCGGCGCUGUUCCUGAUUGGCACAAACUCUCCUCCUGGCUGCGAAUCGGAUCGCUUCGGCCGCUGGUGCAGAAACAAGUGCAUUUCCGUCUGCGGAACAAAGAGGCGGGGCUACUGAUGUCCGUCAGCGGCUCAUUGGACGACAUCAAACUGAUGCGUAUCCAGGUGAGCGAGGAAUCGGGCGGAGCUGAGCAGAUCUGGACCUAUCAGGACGGUCACCUGCAGUGCAAGUGUCUGCUGGACGUGUGUGUGGAUGUGAGCUCUGGUGUCCUGAUGUCCGGCAGCAGACUCGUUCUCUCCGCUGAAGCCGGAAAACCUCAGCAGCUCUGGAGCAUCACGAGCGCCGGGAUCAUCCAGAGCCACACCAGACCAGAGCUCGUGCUGGAGGUCAAAGGGGGUCAGCAGUUUGACAAACACCAGAUUAUCGUGAAUGAAUUCCACCCAGACAAACUGAAUCAGCGCUGGUCUCUGGAGCUCCUCUGAGCUGCGCCACAGGACCCACUGCUCUGCUGCGGAGCUGCGCCAGGGGGACCAGCGUCCUGUGAGGCAGCUGCGCCAGGGGGACCAUCAGCUGUGGAAAUCUCAUUCUCAUGAGAGCCAGUGGAUGGAAAAUGACCAUAAUCAGCUGGACGUUGUAUUAUUUUUAUACAUGAACUCUCAGAUCGACAGGAAGAGCACAUACUUGAACAAUAAUAACUAUUUUCUUUUGUGUCAAGUGCAUAAACGUGCCUGUGUGGACACUGAUCUCAGCUGUAUUAAAGCACGAGGUGUUAAGAAAAAAUGUUUUUAAAAAAUGUUUGUUGUGUUCUAAUCACUGAGACGUGAGAUCAGCUCUGUGCUGAUUGGCCCGCGGGGAUUGGCUGGCUGCUGAUUGGCUGUCAGGGGAUUCUGGUGUUUUAUGGUUCAGAUGCUUCAGACAGAAGCCUCUUCUCGCAGUCAGCACAAACCAGACCAGUGUUUAUCUGCAUUCAGAUAAGAGCCACGUCCAGGACUGUUGGACUGUAACAAAACCAUAUUAUAGUGAAGGCAAUUCACAGUCGAAAUUGACUUUUCAUCUCAGAGUUCUGACUUUUUUCUUGUUCUGAGAAUUAUAAAAUGCUUGAUAAUAUAAACUCACAAUUCUGAGAUCAA